AUGCAUUUAUUUGGCAUAUUCCUACUGAUCACCUGCGCCAUUAUUGCAAUCGAAGCCUGUCCAUCAAAAGGACCUCCCGGUGCCCCAGGUCUGCCAGGACGAGAUGGACGAAAGGGAAGUCCAGGAAAAAAAGGGCAACGGGGAGCUGAAGGAGAAGAAGGAGAUCGUGGAGCAGCAGGAGUCACAGGGUAUCAAGGUGAUCCAGGUCCUCCGGGAGAUGCGGG